UAUUCUUACUGAAUACUUAUUAAAUUAUUCAGUGAACUAUUUCAUACUUCCAACGCACUCCUGUCCCCGGUACAUCUCAAGGUAUGUGGAAAGUCACAGGAGCACUCCACGGCAUUGUUGGUUAUAAUUGGACAUUUCCAGACUGUAUCGGAAAGGUUGGCGGCCAUGGUUGUUGAAACUUCUGGUGGUUUCUAUGAUGUUUCGUUGGUCGGAGAUUGCGAUGUAGUCGUUGCGCUGAUAUAGUCCUCCGAAAUGUCCGAAGAUGUCGCCACUAAGGCCACCACCAGAAGCAGUAAUAGAAAUGUUUCCACCAUCCUGAAAGAAAUGAUUAAAAAGUUAUUGCCGGUUUUAAAUAAUGAUUCAAAUUAACUGAGAAUUGUAACAUUUGAACGCUGUAUUCAACAUGUUCUAUAUAUUAGAAAAUUUCAGAACAUCUACCGUUUUGUUUUUUGUUUUUACCAUUUCCAUAACUUCUUGGAGACGGACGAAAAUUGACCGUAUCCCUUGCCUAUAAAUUUUAUAAGUAAAAUGAACACAGAUAUUUGAAAUGAAAUUCUUACAGAAGUAACAGAAUGUCUAAUUCUUAUUAUUCCAAACUAUGGCUGGAGACGCGACAAGAUUUCGAGAAAAUCUUACAUUUGGAUAAGCAAAUACAAGGGUUAAAACCGAUCAAACAACCGGAACAAUGUUUACAAAGACUAAUUCCGAUGUAUCUAAUGUAUAGAGAACUUCUAAAACGUUUAAUUACAUGUUACGACCAAAUUAUCCAGUCUCAGAAAAGACAAUUAAUUAAACAAAUAUUAGAUGGUUGUAUAGGUCGGAUGUUAGAAUACAAACAGGAAAUUGCCAAGCUGAUUUUUUCGGAUUACCUAUGGUCAGAUAAUUAUUUAAUUGCAAACAAAUGGACUCCGGAUGAUUUAAACAUCUCGACUCCUCGAAGUUACAUCGAAGAUCGGAGGGAAAUUUUAGAUCGAAGAAAACAAGAUAUCGAUGAUUUAUGUACCAAAGGAGGUAUCGAACAACCAACUGAGAUGGCUGGUGAUAUCUUAUCACAUCCCACGAUUACACCGAACAUAAUCACACCAUUAAGAGAGAAUAACGAAUCGAGAACGCUGAUAGCACCAGAAGAAAAAGUAAUCGAAGGGAAGCAAGACAUCGGAACGGAAAAACCAGACGAUGAAAAAGAAUCUGGAGAGAUUAAUAUUGCCGAAGAGUCCAACGAUCAACAAAAAGCGACGCCAGGAACACCAGGGAAGAAAAAUGUCAGGAAAAGCGUUAAACUUGCCGCUACUCUGAAAAUUCAAAGAGCUUGGAGAGAGCUCGUCGCUUAUAGAAAACGGCAAAGAAGAUUGGCAGAAAUGGAAGAGCUGAUGAGCAUGACAAUAUCGAGUAAUACUCGGGAAAAAGCUUUAAAAAAGGACGCGGAAAAUUUCCGCAGAAGGAUGGAACAACAGCCGCAAACUCUGCAGAAAGUCGAAGACAAAAAAGCUGAAGAGCGUAAUAGGCUCGGCCAAACGAUGGCCCCACGACUUGCGGAAGACAUCGCUGAAGAAAUCCGGGAAUGGUUUAUGUACUGGUACAAUGAAUUGGGAUUCUUCGACGUGUACCCUCCCGAAGAGAUAGGGGGAAGCAUUUUGGUAGUAACCGGUCAAACCUUAACCCCCGAAGAGUACUUAAUCGACCAGUUCGAGAAGAGCAAAAAGAAGGGCAGGGAAAAGAAAACGAAGAAAACGAAAGAAACGAAGGAAGCGAAGGCGAAGGCGAAGGAACUUGGAUGGCGAAUGCCGAAAUCCAAAGCUUUGGCCAUUUUGGAAGAAGCCGAUGAAGAGUUCAAGAAUUGGAGCCUCAGGGACGACGUUUACGAUCCUCGCGACCAAAUAUACAUAGAUCCGAUACAAGAGCAACUGUGCCACGGAAUACAGAUUGAGACUAGAAAGAACGUCGACGAACAAAUGAGGCUGGAGCUGGGCAAGCUGAACGAGGCCUUAACGAAAGAUCAUGCCAGCUAUAAAGAGAAAUUCUCCAUGCCGAAAUCUCCAAAAGGGAAGAAACCGAGACGAAAGAAGGAAAAGAAUGACCCUCUAGAGGGCGUCUCCGCAGAGGAUAUUUUAUCGAAAUUAGUGAGAGACAAGGUGAUAAGAAAGUAUCAGAAAGUGCGCCUCGAUGACUGGUUGGGUGAUUUAUCCUAUCAGAAUUACGAAGCUGGUUUAGAAUUUCGAGAUUAUCAGCACCGAUUGGGCGAAAUAAAACACGUUAUAAUGGAAUACUGCAUUCUCCCACUUGGUUCUAAGGAGGCCCACCAAAUGGCGCCCCUGUCGCGCUCGGUUUGUAUAUGCGGACUUCCCCGCUAUGGAAAAAAAUUCCUCGUCAACGCCAUUUGUUCGGAACUCGAAGCACUCCUGAUCGACCUGACCCCGAACAUUCUGGCGGGCCAAUUUCUCGAGAAGAAAGAACUGACCGAGCUUUUCGACAUGGUAUCGAAAAUCUCCAGAGAAUAUUCUCCUACGAUCGUGUAUAUCGAAGGAGGCGAAAAGCCGUGGUGGAAGAAGGUACCUCCCGAAGAGCAGCACACGCAGCCGAAACGGUUGGCGCCAUUUUUCAAAAAAAUUAUCAAAGCCAUCAAGCCUGGCGAUCAGGUCCUCUUCUUGGCGACCUCAGCAGCCCCUUACUCUGCGGGAGCAGCUUUCAAGAAGAUUUACGACAAGUUUAUCAUAAUCCCGGAUACGGAUUACAAUAGCAUGUAUCUCUAUUGCACGAAUCUGUUGAUGAAGUAUCCAGAAGUGGACAGACACUUCGACGUAUCCACAGUGGCAAGGUUUUCUGCAGGUCUACCCUUGGAACUUGUUCGAGACGUCAUUUUAAAAGUUUUGACGUCGCGUAGGAGAGCAAGAAUGAAGAAUGACUCUUUACAAGUCGAAGAAAUAGUUGACGAACUUUGGAAAUUAUCCGACCCAGAUCAAAAAGCUAUAGAGCAAUAUUUAAAGUUUCAGAGGCUAACACCACUCGGCAAAAAACGAGCUAAGCUUUUGGCUGCGGAAAAGGAAACUGCCGCAGAGAAAAAGGGAGAUAAAGAGACGAAUUAA